CGGAGUUUUCAACACCAUAAAAAAGUCACUCGAGAAUAUAGAAGUCGUAAAUUGCAAUAAAAAACUAGUUGGAUUUGGUGCGGAUGGCGCAUCCGUUAACAGAGGGAGCAAGUCGGGCGUUAAAAUGUUGCUCAAGGCUGAACUCCCCUGUAUCACGUUUGGCUGGUGUGUAGCACAUCGUCUCGAGUUAUCAUUAAAAGAAAAAUUAGGAAAAACAGCCUCAUUCAAUGACGUUGAUUACAUGAUUUUAAAAAUACAUUACAUUUACAAAAAAUCCCCCAAAAAGUUAAGACAGUUGGGUGAACUCGUUUCUAUUUUAGAAGAUGAUGAAUAUAACAUUGGUGGUUACCGACCUAAGAAAGCCUCCGGUACACGAUGGAUUUCACAUAAAGUUCAGGCUUUAGAAAUGAUUUUAGAUGAAUAAGGUGUUUAUUUAACACAUCUGGAAAAUAUGACUGAAGAUAUAACAUUUACCAAUGCUGAAAGAGCUAAGUUUAAAGGAUACCACAAAAAGUGGAUUCAUGCUAGAAUGCCCCUUUAUAUCGCGUUGUUUAUUGAGAUUUUAGCACCAGCAAAGAUGUUGUCAAAAUGUUUUCAAAGUGAUGAGAUAGAUGUGUUGGCUUCAUCAGGGUUUGUUCAACAAGCUAAAAGCCAUUUAAAUUGUAUUCAAAAAACAAAGUUUAUUAAUUUGCCAACAGUAAAACGUUUUCUCGCCAAAGUGACUGAAAAAGAAGGAAAGUUUUAUUUCCAGGGUGUUGCACUUAACGACUUUGUAAAUGCUAAACAUUUAGUAAAAAAGUCUAAAUCUAUUCAUAUCGAGUUGGUGACAAAUUCAAUCAUAGAGCGUUUGGAAACAAGCGAUACUAUUACUGAUAUGUAUGGUACAAAAGUUUUAAAUACAGAAGGUUGGCUUCAAAGUAUUGAAAAUGAAACAUUCCUGGAUGAAGGAAUAGAAAAUCUUUUUGACUUUUAUAGAGCGCCGUUGCGACAUGCUGGUUUUGCAGGAACUGUAAAUGAUGUUUUGGAUGCUUGGCAUAGCUUGGUAAACUACACUGUAAAAUAUUUAGCACCACAUAAUACCGGUUAUCGUAAGUUAUGGCAUCAAAUUUUUUCUAGCUCAAUGAAAAAUGAAUGGGUUCCGGUUUUACUUAUUGUCGAACUAUUAUUUACUUUGCCUGUUUCUAAUGCGAAAGUUGAACGCCUUUUUUCACUAAUGAAUAGAGUAAAAACGGAUACAAGAAACUCUCUGAAAGAGAAAACGUUUAGAAAAUUUAAUUCGAGUAAGUUUCGAUGAAAAAGAUUCCAAUUUAUUUGAUUUAAGUUCUGCUAUUGAGUUAUGGACCAAUGAUGCCGUGCGAAGGCCAAAACAAUCAGUAAGAAAAUGCUAUUCCAAAAGAGCAAAAAAAGCAGGAUUAAAAACAUUAAUCGACUUGGAUUCAUCAUCUAACGAAUCAAGUAAUGAAUAGCGCAAAACGAGAUUAUUUUUUCUCACCUUUUUUUAGUUUAAAAAAGUUUUAAUAAUCAAAUAUUGGUUAAAAAGUUCAUUACCUUUU